GUCACAAUCCCAACGCGCCGCCGUGUUGUUUUGUGUUCCCAGCUUUCGGGGAAAGCCGCCGCGGGUUCUUCACCGACCUGCCUGGACCUGCAGACGCGAGGAGCCGAGAUCCCUGCCGAGAGCUCGGCCUAGAGUUGCGGUGCGACCGGAGCUGCCAUUUCCGAGGCGAUCCUGAGACGUCCUGACAUUUGGUGGAAGGAGGCCCGACGCGAGCGACGCAGCCAUCAGCCCUGGAGGCAGGCCCCCGCCCGGGGAUCUUAGAAACCCUGCGGUUCAUCAUGAAGUUCCAGUAUAAGGAGGACCAUCCCUUCGAGUAUCGGAAAAAGGAAGGAGAAAAGAUCCGGAAGAAAUACCCGGACAGGGUCCCUGUGAUCGUGGAGAAGGCUCCUAAGGCCAGGGUGCCUGAUCUGGACAAGAGGAAGUACCUGGUGCCCUCUGACCUCACUGUUGGCCAGUUCUACUUCUUAAUCCGGAAGAGGAUCCACCUGAGACCUGAGGACGCCUUAUUCUUCUUUGUCAACAACACUAUCCCUCCCACUAGCGCUACCAUGGGCCAGCUGUAUGAGGACAACCAUGAGGAAGACUACUUUCUGUACGUGGCCUACAGUGAUGAGAGUGUGUAUGGGAAGUGAGUGGUGGCAGCCCAGCAGAUGGGAGCACCUGGACUCGGGGGUAGGGGGAGGGAGAUGUGUGGGAUGUGGGGAAGAGAUCGUUAGCUCCCACCAUGGAGGAGACAGAAGGUGAAGACAUCUGG